AUGUCGAGGCCCAACAGGAGCGACGCGCACCUCUCCGCCGAGGACGAGGCGACGCUGGAGGCCGAGGUGCGGGAGUACUACGACGAGGCGGCGCCCAAGCGCCACACCAAGCCCUCCCGCAGCGAGCACUCCGCCGUGUACGCCGACGCGCUCGUCCCGGACGCCGGCGGCAACACCCAUCCGGAGCUCGACAAGUUCCAGGAGCUCGAAGCCCACACCGAGAGGUUGGUGUACGAGGGCGGCAAUGUAGGAGAGAAGUUCGUGGAGACGGAGUACUACAAGGAUCUCGGCGGCGUCGGCAAGCAGCACCACACGGUUGCCACGGCCUUCUUUUCCCUGCUGCUUCCAGUUCCAUACUUCCAUGCAUGGUUCUGA